GUGUUCAGUUCGUUUGAAGAGAACAUCUACACGAGAGCAAGAACUGUAAGCUUUUAGAAUCAAAGUAACACAUUUGAUGACACUAGUGAUUAUUUACAAGGAUGUUCGUAUUCAGUUCUUCGUUAACCAAAUUUCACAAUUUUUAAGAUUGAUUUAUAUAUAUUUUUACAUCAAUCCCUUUUAUGUUUGAACAUGAAAUUAUGCGCGUCUGUUUGUAAAAAAUAUUUUGUGCAGUUCACUUGUUCUGUUGUUCGUUUUUAUUACAUUGUUCAUAAUUUUUCAUGUUUCUAUUUAGGAAUUACAAAAGUAAUGUUUUCUCAUUUAAAAAAGAAUCGAGGUUGUUAAACUUGAAUAGAAGUGGAAAAAUAAAGAAAAAACGUUUUUCUGUCGGUGGCAAAUAUAUCAGCUAGAGAUGCUUACAGAGUGCUACAUCAACAACACCAAAAAUUUUAACAUAGUGUAAUUCAAAAAAAUAUGUUAAGCAUAAUAUAUUCCAGUAUAAAGAGAGCAAUUUUAGAAUACGUGUUAAUGAAAAUAAUAAUUUAAAGUUUUUGAAGUUGAUAACAUGUGUGGAUUUAAAAACUCAAUUGAUUUUUAAAACGUUAAUUUGAAGGCUAAAACAAUGUUGUUUGUGUUUUUUUAAAUACCAGACCGGUAAAUUGUUAAAUCUAUAGAUCAAUAGCUGCUUAUUGGGAUGGUAAAAAUAAGUAUGUUUCUGACAUAAGGUAAAUAUUCAUUUUAGUUAUAAAAUCCCUAUAUAUUUGUAUAACUCUUAGAUAUUUAAAUAUUUUAAAAUAAAUCUUUCUGAACAUAAAUCAUUAAGAGUUUUACAUUCAUUUUUAUUUGUUUUCCCAAUAAACCUUUUUUUUUCCUGUUAAACAUUUCUUUUACAGAAGCUUAACACAGUGGCUCAGUUCUUACUCUGUAUGAUUUUUAAAACAAUAUAAGUCUAUCUAAAGAUUUAAAGGGAAAAAAUAGCUCCUAUAUUUAAUUAACAAUCUCUUUUGAAAAGUAAUUUAAUAUGCUGUUGUCUUGCUUUAACGAAGAAGCGAAGGAUUCAUAAUUUUAUUCAUGCAUUAAUAUUUUUAAAUUAUAAUACAUUUAGUUUUUUUAAUCCCAACCUCUCACAUCUGAUACCCGGGUGCGAAAAGUAACAAUCUUAGGAUUUUUUUUUUUUCUAUUCAUGUCAAACUUCCAAACGAACGUACCAAAAUAAUCCAUUUCAUUUUUUGUCGCUGACAUUUAUUUGGGACACGAACGAACGAAAGCAGCAGCAGGCUGUGUCUGGGUCACCCGACUAGUGUAUAUGCCACGACUAAAAAUAUGUUUCAUGAACUUGAUAAUACUCGCGUACCAUAUUAUGCUAAUUGUAGCUAAAAAGGUAAAAAAUAGACAACACGUUGUCAAUGGCUACACUCUUUCAAUAAUUUGUAUUAAUCACACACAUUUUAAACACUUACUUCUUUCGGGAAACAGCUUUUUUUAGUUCCAGCCGAAUUAUUGUAAGCGGGACGAACGCUAACACACUCAAUGUGUCUCAAGUAUUUUUAUUUCACCGUACAUAUUUGACUUAUCCCACAUGUUAAACCAAUAGCUCAUAUUAAUUUGGUUUAUAUGUCAAAUAAUUAUAUAUAAUUUUUAAAUUUUAAAUAUGUGACUGUAUAUAACACAAAUUAAAAAAAAAAAUUUUACUAUGUUGACAGCGACGUAUUGAAAUAAAAGUAUAGAACCCUUCAGGACAAAAAUAAAAAAAAAAAGAACAGAGUUCUCUUUUUAUCAGUGUCAAUUUUUUUCACAACCGUGUUGUGGGCCAAAGCACGACUUAGCCGAACAAAUCUGCGAUAUAAUGUCUUUCCUCAAAUGUAUUCUUCAAUGUAUAUAUAUAUAUAUAUAUAUAUAUAUAUAUAUAUAUAUAUAUAUAUAUAUAUAGUACAAUCAUUUACUUUUCAAACAUCGAAUGGUUACACAAUUCGUUUGAAGUAAUUAAACUCUUUACCUAGGCAUACAACUCAAAAGCGUGGAUCUGAGGUUAUCCACCCACCAGUUCACUCAACCGUGAAGCAGACGUGGUCAGGACAGUGUCAACUCGCCUGCGUCAAACCAAGUUUUCAAUCUAAAUUUGCAGUCAAUGGAAGUUGAUAAUAUUUGCAGCACUUUGGACACAGUUUUCAAAAUAAAAAUUUUUAUGUUUCAGCAAAAAAUUUAAGAUUUUUAAAAGCAAGUAUACACAAAGAUGAAAGAGAGCAUCAAGCAAACCAUCUCCAAUGGACGCAUUUUCAACAGAUGACACAGAACAACCUGAAGUUAUUGAUGACGUUGACAGAAACUGCAAGUUCUGAAGCUGUAUUGGAUCAAGAUCUUUCCCGUAAGUCAACUUCUUUUUUAACAAUUUUCUUUUAAAAUAAUUUCAAAUUUGAUGACAUCCAAUUCUGUGUCGACGGCGAUAAAUUUCUAAGUACAGGCAUGCAAUAUGGUGUAUGAAAUUUCAAAUUGUUGAUCUCUAUGAACUUUAAACAGAGCUUUUCUUCUGUUUGGUGAAAGUCUUUAAAAAAUCAUAACAUUUCUUCACUGAAUUAUUUCGUUUCAGACAAAGAUCAAACGCUUACACCUGAAAGUAAACCUGAAGUAAACAUAUUUACACCCUCUGGCGUAGUUUUGUUGAGCCAAAACGAACAAAUGUUUGAUCAGUCAGAUAUGUUUUUAAAUAGUUUUAGAAGUAUUUCGAGAUGCAUGGAACAAUUAAAGAAAUUAACUGUAAGCAUCGUGGUAACUAGGAGAGAAACUGCAGCAGAUGACAGGCGGACAGAACCAAGGGAGGUAAUCCAUCAAGGAAGUGGGACGUUGCUAACAAGACCUUUCAGGAGAAGAAUUCUGGAGGAUUUGUUGACGCAAGAAGCUCAUAUAUUAGGAUCACAGGAGAGUUAUGAUGACUUUAAGCUCUAUGUCCAAACAACCAGAGAUCUAAUCAAUGACGACGUCGAUGCUGGAAACGCAACUGUUUCUAUUUAUAACAUCAAUGGAAAUGGUGAAGAUGUGUUGUCUAUUCGUGGACACCAUGCUUAUCACAGCGCCAUACCUGGUGACAGAACUGUGACAUUGAUAUGUCAAGUAGUGACCAGGGAGAUAGCGGAGAUAGUCGAACGCUUAAAGGGUGAUUUCUUUCGUUCUAUCCAACAAAUACCAGAAGAGGAAAAAAGAAGAUUAGUUAACAAAGCCAUCAUGGUGAGCUGCCCCCGUGGUAGGGGCCCAAGAGUUUCGGUCGGAGAUUUCAAAGAAGUGAAAUAUCUAGAAUAUAGAUCCCGUACCGGGGACAUGAGAUUUAAACGUGUCAAUGCAACUGAAGGUAUCUACAAUAUACGAACUUAAUGAAAUGAGGAUUACGC